ACUUAACCACUAAGGCCACAGGGCCAGCCCCUGUAAUAAAGAUAUUAUUAAUAUCUUUUUUAAAAAGCCAAAGAGUUUGUGAGGGAAGAAAAGGUUAGUAAGUCGCACGAGGACUCGGCCAUCAAAGGAGAGGGCUUGAAAUGAUGAGCAGGUUGGCAGGGUUUUUGAUGGUGAGAGAGGAGGGGCGAACACCACAAAAUUGGCUUUAUGCUCAUAGAAGCCUUGGAUGUGAAGGGGAUAGGAAUCAGUUAAUUGGAACUGAGCGGUUCUGGCUUACCUAAAGGCAAACUAAGCACAUUCCUAAGCAUUAGUGAAGCAGGGGCAUUAGAAAUCUUUCCCAAAAAAUCUGGUAGUUGAAAUUUCAAGCACACAUCAGAGAAGUCAUCAUGAAAGUGGGGGGAUGAGAACUUCGCUGGACUUCCUUGGAGGUGUGUUAUGAAUUGGUCCUGUUUCUAUUUUGAUUCGGGUGGUCGGGGAGACAUUAUAGCCUCUUCUGUCGCUGGGCUCUCUGGAGGUCUGCAUCUGGCCCUGGGCUGGAAUCUCAUCCAAUCAGCUACGAGUCGGUCCUGCAUUCCGUGGCUCUCUGGCCAGCAGGUUCGUGCAGUGCUGAAACAGUUAACAGGACUCCUCGAAGCACCUCAUCCGCACCCGCUGGGACUAACUCACUCAGCUGAGAAGGCUUAGGGCUUGGUUCUGAGGCUGUCUCCAGACACCCAACUCACUUUAAUAAUAAGAUUGUUUACCAGCUGGCACCACACAUAGCAAGCAUGUCGGCCAUCUCCUGAAAACCCCCGGAGGGAAAAACCAAGACCAGGGUUGGCUGACGGAGUCCCCAAGGUCAUAGUCGCUGGCGAAAGGUGGAGUCGGCUCCCUCCUGGAGUUUGCACCAACUGUAGACGUGGGGUGGAGUUUUAUAAACUGCAACCUGUUGCUUGGUCUCAGAGGGCUGGUCCACCACCCACAUGAGCGAGGGAGGGGGUCCCCCUGCAGGUGGAUCCAAGUAACUGCCGCUCCCUCUGCCCUCUCUCCAGGGGGGGGCCAGUAUUUCCCCAGGGUCUCCUCCCUGGCUGGGGAGAUGCUCCAGUGCCUGCCUUUGGAAGGCGAGGAAGGGACGGACUCAGAAGAGAGGGAGGACAGUACCAUAGAAGAUCCGAAAGAAAUCGUCACCCUCGCUUUUGUCAGACAGAACACUGGGAUGCAAAAGGGGCUUCAGAAUGCCCAGCAGGAAGGCAAGAAGAAGAGGAAGAAAAAGAGGUUAGGAUUGAAAGAUGGGGAAUGGGGAUCCAUGUUGGCGAGAGCAGGAGGGACCUGGAGGGAAGGAGGCCUAAGCUGCUAAUAGGAGGGUCAAGGAGAAACCGUGCGCUGACUGUCAAAAUCACACCUCGUUCGGUUCGUAUAAAAAGAACCACUUUUGAUGAUCUGUUUUGUAGAAUCAAAUACUGAUAUGUAUAAUCUAAAACUACACCUUGUCCUCAUCUUCAUUUUGCUUGUGUUUAUAAUGCCUCCUUUUUUUUAAUUGUGUGGGGAGAGACGAUGUCCUUGUUUUAGGAAGUGCUUAUUAUCGCGGGAAUUCAAUAUACUGUAAAUAUAACAGGACUAUGCGACUUCUUAGGAUCUGACUGCAGCUUCUACAUUCCAGUUCUUAUUUAAUAUUUUUCUAUACCUUGCUCCGUUUUUGGGGGAAAUGAAUCACUCCUCAGACUGAUGGAUGUCUGAAAGCUUGUCUACUUUCUAACUCACAGAUUCCCUUAAUGGGGUGGCAAGAGGAGGGAGACCAUUAAGUAUUUUCCCCAAAAAGACGUUCACUUCCUGUUUUUGAGGGGCCACUGGAGUAAAAGGAUUGAGGAGGCGAUGACGUUAACGUGAAGCUGCAAGCAAAAUUAGCUGCAACAGCAAGACGGAAUUUCUACCUCACGGGCAGAGUAAUAGUACUCUGAGCCCACGUUUUCUGCCGCUUGGCAACCCUUUGAAUCUGUGUCCUCAGUGUCAGGGACCGUCAGACCAGGCGGAAGUGAGGCUGGUUAGGUUCCAUGCAGCUCCACCUGGGACAGGGUGUUCCCGUGUGCAGUCACCUGUCCCGGCAAGUGUGUCUGCCUCUGUCUUUCUGCUUUCUUUUUUCUCUUUUCCAGAUGAUUGGUGAUCAAUCUAUCCAGCUGCCGAUAUGAGAGUGUGCGCAGGGCUGCUCAACAGUACGGGCUUCGAGAGGGAGCAGAAAAUGAGGACUGGACUCUCUGCUGGACAGACUACUCCGUGUCGCUAGAGCAAGUGACGGAAAUGAAAAGUUAUCAGAAAAUCAAUCACUUCCCGGGCAUGAGUGAAAUCUGUCGCAAGGACUUGCUGGCCCGGAACAUGAGCCGCAUGUUAAAGAUGUUCCCCAAAGAUUUCCACUUUUUCCCUAGGACCUGGUGUCUUCCUGCUGACUGGGGAGAUUUGCAGAAUUACAGCAGGUCAAGAAAAAAUAGGACAUACAUUUGUAAGCCGGAUUCGGGCUGCCAAGGGAGAGGUAUAUUCAUCACCCGGACGGUGAAAGAAAUCAAACCAGGGGAGGAUAUGAUCUGUCAGCUCUAUAUUUCAAAGCCCUUCAUCAUUGAUGGCUUCAAGUUUGACCUACGGAUUUAUGUGCUGAUGACGUCCUGUGACCCCCUCAGAAUUUUUGCGUACAAUGAAGGACUGGCCCGCUUCGCCACGACCUCUUACUCCCUCCCUUGCACAGACAACCUGGACGAUGUCUGCAUGCACCUGACUAAUUAUUCCAUCAACAAGCACAGUUCCAAUUUCAUUCGAGAUGCUCACUCUGGCAGCAAGAGGAAGCUCUCCACCUUCAACCUGUACAUGGAGAGCCAUGGCUACAACGUGCAGCAGAUAUGGAGAGAUAUUGAGGACGUCAUCAUCAAGACGAUCAUCUCGGCCCACCCCAUCAUCAAGCAUAACUACCAAACGUGCUUCCCCAACCACACCCUCAACAGCGCCUGCUUUGAAAUCCUGGGCUUCGACAUUUUGUUGGACCACAAACUCAAGCCCUGGCUGCUGGAGGUCAACCACUCCCCAAGCUUCUCCACCGACUCCUGCUUGGACAGAGAGGUGAAGGACAGUCUGCUGUAUGACACCUUGGUUCUGAUCAACUUGGGAAGCUGUGACAAAAAGAAAGUCUUGGAGGAGGAGAGACAACGGGGGCGGUUCCUGCAGCAAUGUCGUUCUCGGGAGACCAGGAUCGAGGAAGUCAAGGGUUUUCAGGCCUUGCGUCUAGAGAAAACUGAGAAAUAUGAGAAGGCAAACUGUGGAGGGUUCCGCCUGAUUUACCCCAGUCCGAAUUCGGAGAAGUACGAGAAGUUUUUCCAGGACAACAGCUCCCUCUUCCAGAACACUGUCGCCUCGAGGGCUCGGGAGCUGUACGCCCGGCAGCUGAUCCAGGAGCUGAGACUAAAAGAGGAGAAAAAAUCCCUCCAAACGAAAGAGAAGACAGCAGAGAUGCAGGGGGAAUCAUCAGGCGAGCCAGCGAGAGGCAAGAGCGGGAGGAACUGGCCACAGAAACAACAGCAGAAAUGCAAAGCCGCCACAACCCACGCCUCCAAACAAUACCUCCAGCCAUUGACAGUAGUGUCCUGCACGCCUGACUUGCUCUUGACUGUCAGGGAUGCAAAGAAAAAUGAGACAGACAGCAGCCUUGACCAGCAGGCCCCCAAGAAGGAGGCUGACACUGUUCCCCACAAGCCUACCUCUGUGAGGCCUUACAGCUCUGCACCCGACCUGAGCAAUGCAAGCCUCGUCAGCUGCUCCAGGCUGGAGCUCAAUGAACCCAUCUCCACAGUUAAGGAAGCCAAGUCUGCAGUGAACAUAUUCACGGUCACCGGGCCUCUAACCUCAGUAGAAACCUCCCCAGAAUCCACUACCCAGGUCUCAGACUCUCCUGAGUCUCUGCCAAGCGUGACCGUGACAACAAGCUCUGAAUGCAGUAGCCCAGAGAUGGACAGGCUGGUCUCCUUUAAGUACAAGCAGCAUCAAAUCUCCCAGCACCUCAUUCAGGGGAAAAUAUCAAAAAUUUCUCUGCCUACAAAAUCCCAGAGCUUCUUGGAGAGUCUGAACCCAACCUGGACUUUGCUAAAGAAUACCAUGAAGAAGGAGCAUCUGAUGUCAGAGCUGUGCACCAAGAUGCGACUGAGGGAGAAGCUCUCCUUGCUCCCAGCUCACCACAGUCCAAAGCUGAGUAACCAGUCACGUGAGUACCGAACACCCCUCCCUCACCCAGGAGUGCUACUUCCACAGGCGAAGCUCUGGCAAGAAGAGGCAGCUGGACGUCUCCUCCCUCCUCCUGUUGCAGAGUUCUCACGGCCAAGAUGUUUCUCCGAAUGAUCUGCUGGUGGUGGCCACUCCAGCCCGCCUGGAUCCAAGGCCCGGCCGAAGCCAUACAGGUGCUAUGAGGGACCUGUGUAGACAGAAUCAGGAAGCAUACCGUCACUGCCUGAUCUCUGGCCAAAAAGGAUGUGAGAGGAAGUAGGUAGGCCCACCCACAUUCCCUUAAUGUUUCGGGUGCCUUGGCAGGCGCUAUGUGUAUAUAUUUAUGGAAUGUUGGGUAGGCACAUGGAUGGAUGGAUCGAUGACAACAUAAAGGUAAGUAGACGGUUAGGACUAACCUCAGUCAAGACGUGACCCCUUUGCAAUGUCUAUUUCUGCUGUGACUGAUCUGUCCCCACUGCUUAAGUGCACUCUGCCUUGUCUUCCACUGAUGGCUAAAAUUAAGACAGUCAUAACUGAUGAUCCCAGAAGUAGAACCAUGUCAACCAUGAGGGAUUGAUUUCCACACCUUUCAUGCUGUGCCCGCCUGGCCUAGGUCCAGGUCACUUGUCCCCAAAGCUGGCCCUGUCAAGGUGUAUACUGAGGGGGCAGAACAACAGGACAGUGGAGGCUGAGAAGAUUUGGAAACAAAGGACUUGAAGCUUUGACUCCACUCUGUGAAAGGCCCAAAGAGAUAGCAAGGAGCCCUCUGUCAGAACUUGAGUGCUUCUGAGGAAGGUGGGUGUAAAAUUUAGGAGAGCUCUACACGUAGCCUCAUGUAUAGUAGAGGGAUUUGUGAUGUUUAGCUGCCUAAAGAAGAAGGCUAUACAUUUUAACCAUCUCCCUUGCUCCUGCCACCUAAAGCAGACUGUGACCAGACAGUCUGACCUGGCCCCCUCAAGAGCAGUGGCUCACACCGCAGGAGGGCCAGCGAGGAAACAUCAGCCCAUAGGUACCACUUUGGGUGAUGAAUGCAUAUUCAGCAUAAAAAUGCAUAUUCCAAGGCCUGCGCCCAGAAAUUCCCAUUCCGUAGGCCUGCGGCGGGUGGGGCAGGAAUCUGCAUUUUAAGAAGCUCCUCUAGGUGAUUCUGAUGGUCUUCUCACCACCCUUAGAGAAAAACUGGGCCUGGUGUUUCCCAAACUUCCCUGUUGGUAUAAAUCAUGUGGGGGCCCUUGUUAAGCCUUUGGUUUCCUAGGCCACACCCCUGGAAAUUCUGACACAAGAGGUUUGGGAUGGAGCCCUGGGAAUUUGUCUUUUGCGUAAGUCUCUCCAGUGUGGUAGCGAGCACUGCCCUCCGUCGCCACUCAGGCCUGGGCAGAGGGAUCUGUGACAGCCAGGCCUGGCCUGUGGGCCUGUUUUUGGAACAAAACUCCCUGAUCUUUACGGAGCUCAAACCCACUCGCACUAUCUUUGGUUCAUUAUUUUCCAGUACUGGAAUUUUAAGUAAAGAUAGGGUUACCUAAUUAUUUCUAUUUAUGCUCAUACUGUUAAAAGAAGGGAGGUCAUGUAGCAGCUUACAGUGACAAUUUGGAUUCAGUAUGACUGUUAAAAUGAAGUUGUAAUGAUCAGAAGCCACACAGAGAAAGGGAGGAGAUAAUUAUGUUAAGAGGGUGUGAUCGAGUGCUUCCUGCAUUGACCACUGAAUUUGGCUCUGAACCUCUUAGCAGAAAGGGCCAAACACAGCAUUCUGUUUUGAUCUUUUUUGUCUCCCCAGUCAGAACAGAAACUCCCUAAGGACACAGACUAUGUCUCCACCAUCAAACUAGGGUCUCCAUGGAGUCAGGGCCUUCAUUCCCGCCCCUUCCCCCAACUCCCAACCCAGACCAGGCACUCCUCAAAGAUUGGGACUGGUUCUGUUGGUUACUCCAUCCCCUGAGCUCUCGGCACAUCCCUGUAUGUGCUGGCACUCGUGAGUGGCUACUCAGCACCAGCUUUGGGUUGUAGCGAGCUGGGAGUGAGGAGAGCUUCUCCCUCAGAUGCAUCUUGGUCUGACAUGAGACGCCUCUUCUUUGUGUCAUUGUUUAGCAAAGUCCACUUUAGAUUCAGACUCCCUGAGAAACUCUGGGAUUUUUGUAGGCAGAGUUUUUGAUAUUUCCUCCUAAAGGAGUAAAGAUAAGUUUACUCACCUAGCAAAUACAUAGGUCUUUAGGACGUACUUCUUUCCCUGGCUCUAAUUUCUAAGAGGGGUUUGUCAUGUGGUCAUUAUAGACUUUUACUACCAUAGCGGACAAUGACUGAAGGCACUGACAUGUUUUUUUUAUGAAUUUUAAAGAAGGUAAUAAUUAUACUUUUUUGGUAGCCUACCACAUAGGUGCCAGCACUCUUCUCGAUAUGUGUUUUAUUUAAUUUCCUUCCAAUCACAAUUGUGCACUUUAGAAAAGAAAAAAACCUAAGGACCAAAGAGCAUAAGGCUUAACAUUCAGGAGGUCCCACGGCUUUCAAGUGGGGGAGCAAAGAUCUGAGUCAGAUGUUUCUGAUUCCCAAGCCCCAAGCUCUUAAAGCCACACUAUCUUUCUUUCAAAUGGCGUUUUUAAUACUAGUCUUCAGUUAGAGCUGAGGGCAUAAUAAAUGGCUCUUUGCUGAAGGCAUUUCCGCAGGUAGCAGAGAUGGCCAAGACUAAGCAGGGCCUCCUAGAUUUUCCUGUGGAACCACCAGAUCUCAGAGCAGGCCCUCUGCUUUUAUGUAAAAUAAUGGCUUCUAAAAAUUCCCGACUAAUCAGACCAUAAUGGACUACACAUACAAGGCAAACUAGCCAAAGUCUAAUUAUGUGCAGCUGAAUGCCUGUCUAUUAACACACUGAUUUACAAAUGUGGUGUGGGAAUAGGGCUUCUGCAUAAUACGUAGUGUUUGAAUGAAACAAGGAAAGAGCAGAGCAGAGGUCCAAAUUACUUGGGAGGUGUAAUAAUAACGCCUUCCAUGCAUCAAGUUUACAUACCAUAUCUCUUGUAAUCCUCAGGUCCACGCUGUGAGGUUGGCAGGGCAGAUAUUAUUAUCUUAUCAUCAGUUUGCAGGUGAAGAGAAUCAAGGUUUGGGGACAGUAGAUGACUGGUACAACCUCACACGAGUAAUGGGCUCUGGACAAAGAGCCUGAUGUUUCUUCCUCUGUACCACUCUGCCAUGAACUUAGAGCCUGUCCUGACCCAUGUGAGGAAUGGGGCCCUGACAAAUUCCUCCAUCUUCCUGCUUAAAUCACUAUAAUCUCAUCAUCUUUCCUCUGGGUCUACUUUCACAGUGGGUCAGUCACUGAGACCAGGGUUUCAGAUCCGUGAAAAGUUAGGUUUAAGGGAUAAAUGGCCCAUUUUGUAGGAAUUUAGUGAUAAUUAAAAACUUGCUAAAAUGGGCUGCCUGGCACCUUACUGAAUAAGUGGUAGCUGCAGUGAUAUGACGAUGAUGGUGAUGAUAAUGAUGGUGAUGAUGAUAAUAAUACUGUGCUGAUGGUGAUGAGCCCAGCAUGGACUGGACAAGACACACUUGCUUUCUGUGUACUAAAAGCUUUGCAUACAUUAUAUCAAUCCUCAAAGCAACUCUUUGUGGUGAGUACCUUUGUUAUUCUCUUUUUUCAAAUGAGGAGACCAAGAUUUAGAGAGGUUAAGUAACUUGCCCAAGGGCACACAGACAGUGAGAGCUCCUAAGCCUGUGCUCUUAACCACUACCACUUAUCUCCAGCCAGCCAUGUUGGCAACUCUUAAAUGAUCCCUAUCAAUUUGGGGGCUGUAAGGAUACAGGAAGAUGAUGUUGUGUAGGUAAACUGGGGUUUCUGGUGCUAUGGAUGUGAGUCACCUGAGUAAUUCCUGACCCUCUAGAUGGGAAUGGUAAUGAUGAGUUCAUUGACGUGAAUAUUCUAGUGGCCAUUUUAAAGGAAAAUCUAAGAAAAAUCUUUUUCUUUUUUCCAGAAUCAGACUGGAUCUCUGCCAUUUUUUCCCUUUCCACUUCUUACUCCCAGGAAAUGAUUUAUCUUUUCCUACAGUGUCUAUAAUGUCCAUAGAAUUAACUGAAAGUUUUAUUUCCUCAGCUAGAUAUCCUGAUCUUGUAAUGACCUCCCCUUAGCCCCACUGAGGCCAACAGCCUUGCCUUUUGUGUCUUCCCAGUUAGCUUACAGCGCUGUAGGACCAUGACUUCUGGGAGUUACUGGUGCUGCCCCAGGACACACCCCAUUUGCCCCACUAGUGGCAUUCCUAUGGGUCACUCACGUGGCACCAGCAUCCAGAACUCUCUCCCAGAUACAGCAAUGUGAGGGGAGGAGCGUUCAGAGAAGGACUCAAAAUUUCCAGGAGUUCAAAGCCCUCCGUCCACCAAUAGGCUUGUGUCAGCUGGUCUUCAACUGCAAAGAGAAAAGAGAGAAAGGGCUAGGCAUGAUGGAGAACUCUGGGCCCUGAGUAAGGGAGUUGGGGCAGUUGUAACUUCACCAGGUAAAGACCACACCUUCUCCCAGCCCAGCCACCUCAGUGCCCAAACGUCAUCCUGCUGCCUCCCUUACCAGCCCAACUCAAUCCCGCCAGCGAAGACAGAGGUGAGGUGAGAGUGUCUAGCCUGCAGGUGAUUCUUCCGUCGACCUGCAGAAAUGAUGCAUUUUCCCUUCAAGUGUACAUUAAUAAAAUAAAUUGCCAUGCUCAAUGCCGGGACAAGGA